AUGUCGCAUUUCGAAACAUCUCGCUUUUUCCUAGCAGCGUUCGCUGCUGGUGUUUCCGUGCAUCUCGCGGUCUUCCGUGUAGGCGAGUGGGACCUAUGGGCUGUCCACAUCCUCCGGUUCUUUGGAGCUCUGUACUGCAUGGCUCUACUUGGGCUUCAAUACUACUACGUGGAGAAUACCUUCCUUGAAUCAUUCAGAAUAGCGAGUAUGCUGAGCACUUUCUUCGGAGUAGGUCUCUUCGGAAGCAUGCUCCUCUACCGUGGAUUCUUCCACCGACUUUGCCGGUUCCCUGGACCUUUCCUUGCCCGGUUUUCUAAUUUUUACCCUACCUAUCUGUCGUGCAAGAAUAUUCAGCUCUGUGAUGAGGUUCGUGCGCUUCACCGGCAGUACGGAGACAUCGUUCGACUUGGACCCACAGAGCUUUCGAUCAAUAAUGUGGAUGCAGUGCAAAAGAUGCAUUCCAGCCAGUCCAGAUGUGUCAAGGGUCCUUGGUACAACGUUUUGAAUCCUUUCCAAUCGCUGCAAAUGGUCCGAAAUAAGGCGGAGCAUAGUCAACGCCGCCGGGUUUGGGAUCGCGGCUUCAGCGUCAAAGCUUUGCAGGACUAUGAGUCAAGGGUGGUCCGCUACACAGACCAGCUGAUGGAUCAGCUGAAAAAGUCCGAAGGCAAACCCAUUGACAUGGCGACGUGGUUCAACUUUUAUAGCUUCGACGUCAUGGGUGAUUUAGCCUGGGGCAAAUCGUUUCAUAUGCUCAGAGACGGAAUUAAGCAUUAUUUUAUGCUGUGUUUGCAUGCCGACAUGAUGAACAUUGGCUUGUUCAGCCAUCUCCUAUGGCUGUUUCCAAUCUUCAAGGCCACUCCCAUUUUGAACAGAACGCACAAACGCUUCCGGAAAUGGGUCCGGGAUCAAGUAGCUGAGCGAAAAAGGACUACCCCAGACCGACCUGAUGUCUUUUCGUGGAUUCUGGAAGACUACGAGAAAAAUCAGACUCCCACCUUUCAAGACGAACUCAACCUUGAAGGUGACGCUAGUCUUAUUGCGAUUGCUGGGAGCGAUACGACUGCCGCAUCUCUGACAUGCAUGUUCUUUGAAUUGGCCAUGCACCCAGAAUACGCCUCCAUGAUUCAGAAGGAACUGGAGGAGGCUUUGACCUCCUCGGCCGAACCCGAUGCUGUAGCUCUGCGAAAAUUGAGCUUCUUGAAUGCAGUCAUCGACGAAACUCUCCGGCUACACCCACCAGUUCCUUCAGGUGUACAACGUAUGACCCCUCCAGAGGGUAUGACUAUCGCAGAUGUUUAUAUUCCGGGGGAUACAAUAGUUCAAAUUCCCUCUUACACUUUAAGCCGCGAUGAGAGAUACUUUGAGCAACCAGAAGAGUUCUUACCCGAGCGGUGGACAACAAGGCCGGAACUAGUCAAAGACGAACGAGCCUUUGUUCCAUUCUCUACUGGCCGCUACUCGUGCGUCGGCAAACAAUUAGGCCUUGUGGAGAUACGUCAGGUGGCCUAUGAGAUCCUGCGACGGUACAAUGUAGCCUUGGCUCCAGGGCAGACACCAUCAGCAUUUCUCAAAGGCAUCUUGGACACAUUCACCUUACAGCUCCCGUCGCUGAAUCUAGUCUUCUCGCCGAGGCAAAAACUGUCCUAG